UUAAUCCAGAGUUGUAGGUUAGUCUGCUUUGUCCCAUGUCAGAGUUUUCUCUCAGAUUUAUUUUUAGAGGUUUUUUUUCUCUUGUGCCAUUUCCAGCAUGCAAGGAUCUAGUGGCUACUGCCCGUGAUCGGAAGCUGAAUACAUUUGUACAGAUCUCAGUAGUACAUCCAGCACAACAGACUUUGACGAGAUACUCAAGCACUGAAAUUGUGGAGGGAACAAGAGACCCACUGUUUUUGACUGGUGUGACAUUCCCACCGGAAUAUCCUAUCUAUGAGGAAACUAAAAUAAAACUAACCGUCUAUGAUGUCAAAGAUAAAUCUCAGGACACGGUCCGCACCCAUGUCCUGUCUGAACACAAGGAGCCAAGAACAGAUGUCGGGCGAAACUUUCUGGGCUUGGCUACUUUUAAAGUAGGAGACUUGGUGAAGUCAAAGGAACAGCAGUUGACCCUUACCCUGAGAACUUCUGAUGGUGGAAAGACAGUUGGUACCAUAGACGUCAGUUUUGUGAAGAUGGGGGAGAUAGAGGAGGGGGAAGUAGACCACAUCACAACAGAUGUGCAGGGACAAAAGUGUGCACUGGUGUGUGAAUGUACAGCACCUGAAGGCAUAAGUGGUAAAGACAGCUUACCUCUAUUAAAUGCAGUAUUAAAAAAUCCAAUCUGUAAGUUAUACAGAUUUCCUACUUCUGACAACAAGUGGCUGCAUAUCCGAGAACAGAUGUCUGAGAGCACUCUUUCUUUCCAUGUUCCCAAGGAAUUGAUCAAUCUGCACAUAAAGGAGGAUAUGAGAAGGAAUCAGGACCUAAAAGAGCUAGGAGAACUUGCUCCACACUGGGACAAUAUGCGUAAAAAUGUUGUUGCACAUUGUGAACAGAUGCUGAACAUGUACCAGGAUACUCUUGCAGAUCUUGGGAAACAUACAGGAUCUUCUUUCAAAUCAAGCUGUAGUAAAGGAGAAAAGACACUAGAAUUUGUUCCAAUAAAUCUCCAUCUGCAGAGAAUGCAUGUGCACAGUCCUCGGUUGAAAGAUGCUCUGUAUGAUGUCAUCACAGUAGGAGCCCCUGCAGCACAUUAUCAGGGAUUUAAGAAUGGUGGUCUUCGGAAACUGUUGAAUAAAUUUGAGGCAGAAAGGCGAAAUACUGGAUACCAGUGUAUUUACUAUUCACCUGAAAACACAGCCAAGGCAAAAGAAGUUCUCAGCAACAUCAAUCAUCUGCAGCCCCUCAUAUCAAGCCAUGCAGACCAGCUGCUUAAUUCUGCAAGUCAGCAUUCUCCAGACAGCUUGAAGAAUUCUUUAAAGAUGCUUUCAGAAAAAACAGAGUUAUUUGUGCAUGCUUUCAAGGAUCAGCUGGUCAGAAGUGCCCUUUUAGCGCUAUACACAGCCCGUCCAGGUUGUGUUCUCAAGAAACCAGCUGUGCCCAGAAACAGUGUGGAAGGGUCUGGUGAUCCACAGGGUCAGGACCAUCCAUCUCAGAUCAAACGGCAGAACUCUAUACCUCACCAUUCAGAAUAUGAUGAAGAAGAGUGGGAUAGGGUGUGGACCAAUGUGGGGAAGAGUUUAAACUGCAUUAUUGCAAUGGUGGACAGACUACUUGAAAAAGACAACAGCAGCAAUGGCAUUAAGGAAAGCGAAAAUGACCCUUCAUCUGCAGAUCAUGUGGUAUCACAUACAAGUGGUGACUGGUAUGAGCAGCUUUAUCCCCUCAUAAUUACACUCAAAGACUGCAUGGGAGAGGUGGUGACAAGGGCAAAGCAAUCAAUGACUUUUGUUCUACUUCAGGAACUUGCAUGUGGCUUGCCACAGCAUUUGAUGUUGACCCUACGAAGAGACAUCGUCUUUAGUCAAGCACUUGCUGGAUUGGUCUGUGGGUUUAUAAUCAAAUUGCACACAAGUUUACAUGAUCAAGGCUUCCUACAGCAGCUUCAUACUGUUGGGUUAAUUGUUCAAUACGAAGGACUUCUCAGCACGUAUAGUGAGGAAAUUGGGAUGCUAGAAGAUAUGGCUGUGGGCAUUUCAGACUUACAGAAAGUAACGUUUAAAAUAAUUGAAGCCAAAUCCAAUGACUUCUUGCCUGUAAUAACUGGAAGGCGUGAACAUUAUGUAAUAGAGGUCAAGCUUCCAGCAAAGAUGUUUGAAUUGCUGCCUCAAGAGAUCAAAGAAGGAAAGCAGCUGCAUGUGUACCCAGUCCUCUUUAAUGUUGGAAUCAAUGAACAGCAAACACUUGCAGAGAGGUUUGGAGAUACCACUUUGCAAGAAAGUGUUAACCAGGAAAAUUUUGAAUUUCUUAAAGAAUAUUACAAAUUGUUUACUGAAAAAAUGCCUCCUGAUUGCCUACCACAUUUUCAAGAACAGAAUGAUCUAAAGAGAUUACUAGAAAAUCUCCAUCAAAAUAUCCAGGCUAAAAAAAGAAAGAAUGUAGAAAUCAUGUGGGUGGCUGCAACGAUUUGCCGCAAGCUAAAUGGAAUCCGUUUCACCUGUUGUAAAAGUGCCAAAGACAGAACAUCCAUGUCAGUGACAUUAGAACAGUGCUCAAUCUUGAGAGAUGAACAUCAACUGCAUAAGGACUUCUUUAUCCGGGCACUGGAUUGUAUGAGAAGCAGACAAACCCAGGGAGCACUGAAUGAGUCGGAUGAUCCUGAGACAGGCUGUCUAACUGAUAACAAGCCAACUUCUCGUCACUUCUAUCCUGUCGCCUUGCUGCUUGUCAGCUCGCAUUUGCUGGUUGUGUGGCUUAUCUUAAGUCUUGCUUUACUAUUAGCCAAAUAUCAAUAAACUUCACUUGUGUUCCUUUCUUUUCUACAAACAGCAACAAACUAAUUUAAAAAUAAAAGAAUUAUGCUGUAAUAUUUCUACAUUUUCAGACUCACAGGAUUUGUCUAUAGGAUACAAAUGUCUAAACUGUAUAGUGCUUUCAUUUAUUUUUCCUGAAAUCUAAGACAUAUACUAUGCAUUAAGUGAGUUAAUUUCCUCUUUUUGUUCAUGGCAAAGUUUUCCCACUUUAACUAGCUCAAAGAAAGAUCAUAUAUAUAUUAGUGUCUCUAUAUUGAAUAAAUUAUAGGAUCCUGAAAGCUUGAACCCCACACCCUGGUUUCCAAACUCCAAUCAGUCUAUCAAUUAAAAAGGUCAAAAGUGAUUUUGCACAAUACAAACUAAC